AUGGCAACUCCAACGACUCUCUUCGCUCUCUUCUUUCUUCUCACGUCCAUCUUCGCCGCAACCGUUUUCUCUGAGGAGGAUUGUGUGUACACGGUGUACGUUAGAACCGGAUCAAUCAUCAAGGGAGGAACAGACUCGAUCAUCGGGCUCAAACUAUACGAUGCAUCUGGUUACGGAAUAUACAUCAAGGAUCUUGAAGCGUGGGGCGGGUUAAUGGGUUCGGGUUAUAACUACUUUGAACGGGGCAACCUUGAUAUAUUCAGUGGUAGGGGUCCUUGUUUGGACGGACCCGUUUGUGCUAUGAACGUGACUUCGGACGGGUCGGGUCCUCAUCACGGGUGGUAUGUUAAUUAUGUUGAGGUUACUUCAACUGGGGUUCAUACUCCUUGCGCUCAGGAACAGUUCACGGUGGAACAGUGGUUGGCGACGGAUACGGCGCCGUAUGAGCUUUCGGCUGUUAGAGAUUACUGCAAAUACGAUUUGGGUCGGGCCAGACCCGAAUUAAAGAUCAUCGAUGCUGUAAGAUCCGGGUCUGGGUCUGAUUUCUCUAUUUUGGGCUCUACUGUCCGGCCUAGAUCAGACCAAUAG